AAAAAGCAAAAUCCGACUGUGUUUCCUGCAAGGCUCGGGAUUUCUGAUUGCGGUUAUUUCCAUGUUUCUAGGUUUGUGUGAUUUUGCUAAAAUGCAUCACCAACAGCGAAUGGCUGCCUUAGGGACGGACAAAGAACUGAGUGAUUUACUGGAUUUCAGUGCGAUGUUUUCACCUCCUGUGAGCAGCGGGAAAAAUGGACCAACUUCCUUGGCAAGUGGACAUUUUACUGGCUCAAGUAAAACCGAGCGCGGCUCCUUCUCCUCCUACGGGCGCGACUCCAACCUCCAGGGCUGUCACCAGAGCCUCCUGCCCGGGGAUCUGGAGCUGAGCACGGCCGGGGCUUUGUCCCCCAGCAAAGCCGGAUCCCAAUUUUACCAAUACGGGGCCAGCGCCCGCAGGAGAGCCCUGCACGGGGCCAGCGUGGAAAUUACACAAAAAAUAAAAAAAUGCCCCCUAGCAGGCACAGCUGUCUGGUCUAGGAAUGGAGCUCAGGCGUCUUCAUCUCCCAAUUACGAGGGGCCCUUGCACUCCUUGCAAAGCCGCAUCGAGGACCGCCUGGAACGUUUGGAUGACGCCAUCCAUGUCCUGAGGAACCACGCCGUGGGCUCGGCACCCGCCAUGGCCGCCGCCGCCGCCGCCCCCGGCGAAAUGCACGGCAUCAUCGGCGCCGCCGCCGCCGCCGCCGCCGCCGCCGCCGCCCACAACGGCGCCAUGGCCGGCCUGGCUGGGGGGUACGGCGGUGGGCUGCUGGCCAAUCGGCACGCGCUCAUGGUUGGUUCGCACCGCGAUGACGCCGUUGGGAUCCGCCCAGGCCACGCCCUCGUCGCAGGCUCCGCCCCCGUCCCGACACUUCCGGUUCCGUCGGCGACGUCACCGGAAAUCAACCCCAGCCAGGAUCCUUAUAGGGCGUUGAUGGUGAGGGGCAUGAUGGGAUUGUCAAUAGUAAUGGCCGCCGAGUUCAUGGUGAGGGGCAUUGUGGGAUUGGAAAUAGUAAUGGCGGCCAUGCUCAUGGUGAAGGGCAUGAUGGGAUUGGGAAUAUUGAUGAGUUGGCGGCCAAUCGGUAGCGUUGAUGUAAUGGCCGCCGUGCUCUUGGUGAGGGGCAUUGUGGGAUUGCGAAUGUUAAUGAGCUGGUGGCCAAUCGGUAGCAUUGAUGGGGAGGGGCAUGCUGGGAUUGUGAACAGUAAUGGCCGCCAUGCUCAUGGCGAGAGGCAUUGUGGGAUUGUGAAUAUUGAUGAGUUGGCAGCCAAUCGUUUUGACAUCAACGAGGCCUUCGAGGAGCUGGGCCGGAUGGUGCAGCUGCACCUCAAGAGUGACAAACCCCAAACCAAGCUGCUCAUCCUGCACCAGGCCGUGGCUGUGAUCCUCAGCUUGGAGCAGCAGGUCCGAGAGAGGAAUUUGAACCCCAAGGCCGCGUGUUUGAAGAGGAGGGAAGAGGAGAAGGCGUCGGAGGCUCCGGCGUUGGCGCUGCCGGGAACUCACGCGGCCAUGGGGGAGACGGCGAAUCACAUGGGGCAGAUGUGA